AUAGCAAUAACCUAAAAGUUAUAGAUUAUUUAGAUAUAAACAUAUUAACAAAAAUAGAAUUUUAUCAGUUCAGUUAAUCUCAUAAGCCUUGUAAAUAAAAUGUCAAUUAUUUCGAAGUUUCUUCCAAGUCUACGAAAUGGAAGACCUCUCCAAGUUGUACCAAUAAUUCUUAAAAAGAAUAAUUUUAUUAGCAGUCAGCGCUAUUCUACAGAAAAACGAGAAAGUAGUUUAGCAAAAAGCCAAGAAAGGGCUGAAGUAUCUACUGAUGUCCGACCUUUAGGAGAGAAAAUAAAGGAGACCACUAAAACGGUGUCAUAUACUGGCGUUAUACUGCUAGGUGUUGGGGUCACCGGCAUUAUUUUCUAUUACGUCUUCAGGGAGUUAUUUUCUAGCAACAGUGCAAACAGCAUUUAUUCGACUGCUUUAGAGAAGUGCAAACAAGAUCCUAGAGUGGAAGAUGCAUUGGGUGCUCCAAUUAAGGGUUAUGGAGAAGAGACCUCAAGGCGGCGCCGCACACAUGUCAGCCAUGCAGUGUAUGAGAAAGAUGGAGUCAAACACAUGAGGAUGAGGUUUUACAUUAAAGGAAUCAGGAACAAGGCAGUUGUUGAAUUGGACAUGAAACAGAAUGAUUAUGGCAACUACCAGUGUCGGUAUCUUCUGGUGCAACUUGAUGACUACAGCGGCAAAACCUUCAUCAUUGAAGACAACCGCGCAGAACUGGACCGUAAAGACUUUGCUGGCCAGUUACCUACACUCACCCUUACUCAGUGAAAAACUCAUGUAUAUUUUUAUCAUGUAGAUAAGUAGUGUGUACAUACCUAAUUGUUAUAGUUAUAAAUUGUUGAACAAA